AUGCUAAUAGCAUUCGUCGUGGGUCUGACGAAUCUCUAUUGGUACUUCUCUCGAAUGAUUGUCUCGGUGGAUACUAAAAAUGUGGCUCCUUCUACCACGUAUGCAACCGUGCGAUACGCUAGUACCGUUCCUGCAUUUCAAAGCUCAACAGCGACAUUCCACACUCUUUUCUGGGCCCUCUUUGGAAUGUCUUCGUUCAAUGUGACAUCGGUGGAGGAAGAGCUUGCAAGCGUCUACCCCGGUCACGAACAUCUUCGAGUUAACAACGCUGCCUUCAUGAUUUCCAGUCUGGGAUCAGUGCUCUAUGCCAUCUACAACGCUUGCAUGAUCAUUAUUCUGCUCAAUAUGCUCAUUGCUAUGAUGAGUAAAUCAUUCGAUGAGAUUCAGGGUGACCGUCUAGAGGAAUGGAAAUUUGCACGGGCCAACCUUUGGUUGGUGUAUAUCGAGCACGAAGGUGUUCUACCCACUCCCCUGAAUCUUCUUCCCUCUCGGGUUGCCAUCACGAAACUAGCUAAAAGAAUCAACAAUGCUCUUCUCUCCUGCCGGGCUAACUAUUCCGGUCGGACAAAAUUUGACAACUGUGAUGGUGAGGAAUACCAUGAUGAUCGUAAUGGUGGAGACCUCAAAGGCACGGAGAUGAAUAUGAUGCACAUGACAAAAAUCAAUUCAAAAAGAGGUGGUGGUAGCAUUCCCGGUAGAUCACCAAUCACCAAGAAGAAGAAGGAGGACUUUGAAACCCACCUCAUACGAGUAAAGUGCAAUAUUAUGCGACGAUAUCUCUUUCAACUUCAAAAGCACAAGGAAGCAGAGAAUAAAUCUGGAGAUUUAGCUAUGCUUAAUAUUCAGAGACAACAACAACAACAGCAACAGGAAUUCCGGGCAACUCCUCUGAGCCCAUCCUCGGUAACAAACCAUCGUACAUCCAUUACUGAGGGUGACCAAUCUGGUGUUCCCUCAGCUUUCGCUCAUCGAUCUGAAGGUGUGAGUAUACGAGAAUCAGCUGAGACUCCAUCAAAUUACUCCCAGGCAACUAAUAAAGAAGAUUCUAAUAGGGAUUCUCAUCUGAAAGAGCCACCAUUCUCCAGAACACUUGCCAAGGGAUAUACUCGUGGCCUUAGUUCACUACUAAUGCCUCCAUCCGUCCGCAGAAAGUUGGAAGCAGUUGCAGAGGUUCAGAAACAAUCAAAAUCUACCGUUUCGGUACAAGAAGCCGAGGAUGCUGCCAGGUAUCUCGUCUUUGAGUCGGCUCGUAGAGGAAUUGAGCUCUCAGAGACUAUGGCAUUCGCUCCGCAAAAAUUAAUUGGAUCAGGGAAAGGCUAUGAUCCUGGUAGCUUUGAUAGUCAAUUCACUGCCAGAACUGAAAAGCCACUGAAACACACGCAUCUUCGCGAAUUGUACAAGGUAGAACAAGAGAUGCACGACAUGUCUGAUGCCUUAUCUUCUGUCUCCUUCACAAACUCGACAAUGUCGGAGGUUGAUGAGCUUGAGGUUCUGCCAUUCGACAAUUCUUAA